UGGCGCUCGAAGAACACGUUCGAAUUUGUUGAUGAUGUUUUGUAUUAGGAGUGCAGAAGUGCGAAACAGUGGCUCGAGAUAAAUUAGGGCAACCUCGCCCGAUUUAAAGAUUACAAAGCGAACUGAACUGUAAUCCGAUUAACUAAUAGUACAACGUUAUUAUGCGGCCUUAAAAAGUAUGGAAUAUUCGUGCAUGUCUGAGAGGAUUCUCCGACAAAUCGAGAGCGUCAUCAAACAAGAUUUGGAGCUUAUAGAUGUUACUAUCGUUCCUACCGACGACAAUUCGAGAAACAAGAGCCCCGUGUUACUGCAGGAGCACCAUUUGGGACUGGAAUCUUGGUGUGUCAAGUAUGUGUACCAGUAUGCUUGUUCUGAGUUGUUUAAGACUCGAAAAAUCCUGUCUGAGAAAAAAAUGGGACAUUCAAAAAUGGAAAACUUGAACUAUUUGCUUGUGGGCGCGUUGCUUAUUAAUCCAGAUGUAGGAACGUUCUGGAACAUGAGGAGGGAGCUUGUGGAGUGUGAUAUUUUAGAUUACGAAGGCGAAUUUCGCUUUAGUAAACUAGUCCUCACACGUAAGGGCAAGUCAUAUGAAGCAUUUUGCUACAGAAGAUGGCUUUUGAGGAGAAUAAUGGAUAAACUCUUGAUGAAUCAAAUGUCUCCUCCUGUUAUGCUGCUAGAUGCUGAAUUAAGUGUUGCACUAGCGACUGCGCAAAAUUCGCAAAAUAAUUACCAUUCAUGGACCCACAGACUUUGGUGCAAUGAGAAUUUAGGCCCAUAUUGCCCUUCAGUACUAGAAGAGGAGCUUAGUUUUAGUGAGAAGUGGAUAAAUGAACAUGUUUCUGAGUAUAGUGGUUACCAUUACAGGCAGUAUGUAUUGAGUCUAUGUGCCAAACGCGAAACUGGCACUAUUUUAAGACACUACUGUGAUAGGGUGUUGCAACACUUGAAUCUAGUGUGCGAUGUUGAUUUCAAUCAGUUAUUAACCUAUUUUCUCGGCGAACAGUCAAAGAAUAGCAAGCUGGAAGUAACGUACCGCUUUAUGAACUAUUUGUUUUUGUUGCUGUACGAAGUGCUGGUGGUUAUCCCGUGUAUAAAUAAAAGCUUUCCAGAGCAUGAGUCAUUGUGGUUGCAUAGGAGGUUCGUCGUUUCUAGCUUGGUACGAUUGGCAUACAGUUUUCACAGUUCGAGCGUUAAAGUGCCCCGCAAGGAUUCGGUUAGCUCAAAGUGCGCCAAAAAUUUCGUGCAGUGUUUUUCCGCGAGUGAUAGCGGCGAAAAAAUGCCGAAGAUGUUUAAAAGUCAACCCUGUAGAGUGGAAACGAGUAAUUUGUAUAAAUGCUUAUUGGAAACGGAGAAAAUGUUUAUUAACGAGAGUUGUAACACGGCGGAUUACGGUAAACGCCACCAAAAAUGGUUAAAGUUCGUACUCGGUAUUGAGUUGACGUAAAAUUCGGGUUCGGACAAAUCGAAAGCAACCAAUCUUUUAUUUAUAGAACUCUAUCUUAGUAGAUUUACCGAUAUAAUAUAUUUUUGUUCCCUAUUAACGAAACGAUGUAUAGCUAACAUGUUUUUAAUAAGAAAUAAACCUUGUUACGUGCACGCGUCUGUUAACACUUGUGAUUACCCUCAGUUUGCGUGACAACAGGUGCGUUUAUGACGCACUGCCU